AUGAGUGGCCCGCCUCCAACUGCGCCCUCCGUGCUCCUGCCUGAGCUGCUGGGAUUUGUCCCUCAAUUUCUGCUCGAUGACAUUAUUAACAUUGCCAACGAGGCCACUCGACAAGCUGUCGACGCGAUGGAGGCCUUCCUCGAGCGUCGAGCCGCUCGUACUGGACCUACCGACGCGACGAACGAAUCGAAAAGCACAGAAGAGCUUGAAGAGGGUUCUAAGAGCGCAGAAGAAACUGAGAAUGGAUCAGCAAGUACAGAGGAACUUGAAAAGGGAUUGAACUCGUUCCAGACAUUGCUCGAGUCUCAUGUAGACAUUGCCUUUGACUUCUUCGAGGCCUGGUCCUUGCGGAAUAUCUUCGCCAUCCAGGCUUACUUGCCCAUUGUUGCACCACAUCAGAAGGGGCUCAACCUCGACGAACCUCCGGAGAAGGAAGACGAACUAUUCGCUGAGAUCAAGCAGUUGAGGGUGCAGCUACAGGCACAACGAAAACUCCGACGUCUCUAUACCCACGCAGUGAGGAUGUCUGCAGCGCAGCUCGCGCACUCGCAAAGACGACUAGAACGUCUUUCUUUUCUCCGCUCUCCUCAAAUGCAGACUCUUCUGUCGCUUCCGGACGAAUUCCAUUCCAUGUACAACUCAGUCUCCUCUUUGCCCCCAAUCGAUGCUUCCCUCACAAAAUCGGAGCAGUCCGCACUUUCCGCGCCCGGCAAGCGUCCGUGGGAGACGAGCAGGACAGGGUACCUGAACUGGGCAGUCGAGCAGCUGAUGAUGCGUGUUCAGGAGAAGGAGAAGGGCGAGGGAAGCUUCCCAGAGCAGAGCUCAUCGGUCGGUGCGGCCGCCGAGUCUGCAAACAGGGUAGGUAGCGUGGACGAUAUCAAAGCAGCGCUAGAGCAGGUGGAAGGAAAAGACACCGCGAUGAAGCUUGGGGUGCAAGAUGAGGGAGAGCGGAUGGAGACGGAUUGA